AUGGUCCGGCUGCCGCUCCCGCAGCGCCUCAGCUCGCAUCUGUCCGCCCGCAGCACGAGCUCGACCCCGGGCCAGAGCAGAAGCACAAGUCCCAUGCGGUCGGCCGAAUCAAAGCCCCUGCUACUGAAGGUCACGGUAAUUCAAGGACGCAACCUGGCUCCUAAAGACCGAGGUGGCACAAGUGACCCGUAUCUGGUGGUGACAUUGGGAGACGCGCGACAGUCCACGCCCACAAUAUCGAAGACUUUAAAUCCGGAAUGGAACGUGUCAUUUGAAAUGCCCGUGGUGGGCGUACCGUUGUUGGAGUGUAUCUGUUGGGACCACGAUCGGUUUGGCAAGGAUUAUAUGGGCGAGUUCGACAUUGCGCUGGAAGACAUCUUCUCGGACGGCCAAAUCAACCAGCAGCCAAAAUGGUACAAUCUCAAGUCGAAACGGCUCUCCAGCCGUUCGAACCGGAAGAAGAAGAAGAAGGACAGCACUGUAUCAGGCGAGAUUCUGUUGCAUUUCUCUCUUUCGGACUCCGCAAACCCGAGCGCCUCCCCUGCAGAUACUUAUCGCAAAUUCCGGAACCUGGUAUGCAUUGGCGAGGAAGAUGACCAGAUUGACAACAUCCCGGCGGCCGAACUCGAGGAGCUGGAGCAGGACGAGGACCGCGAUGAAGAGACUUCGGAUGAGACCGAUGAUCCGACCAAGCCAGAAGUUGUGGAAAAGCGUCGGAGGCGACUUAGGCUAGCUCGUCUGCGCCGCAAGUCUCUGGCGGCCCGAGCAUAUCAAUUUUCGGGUUCGGGAACUGGAGUUCGAGGCAUUGUGUUCAUGGAAAUUAUUCGCGUCACCGACCUUCCCCCUGAAAAAAAUGUUACUCGGACUUCAUUUGACAUGGACCCCUUUGUCGUGACAUCGCUUGGAAGGAAAACACUGAGAACGCCGGUCGUGCGCCAUAAUUUGAACCCGAUCUACCAUGAGAAAAUGGUGUUCCAGGUCAUGCGACACGAACAUACCUACACAAUGAGUUUCACGGUGAUGGACCGGGACAAAUUCUCAGGCAAUGACUUCGUUGCAUCUGCAAACUUCCCCCUACAGACUCUCAUCCAAUCUGCUCCCGAGGCCGACCCUGAAACGGGUCUAUAUCACUUUGUGGAGCUGGAUGAACCGAGCCCUGCAGCCAAAUACAGUCCUCGAUUUGCAGUCAGCCCUUCGCCAUCUUCGCAGAACCUCACCAGAAUGGCUCGGCCUGCGCUGAAAUCGCGCAGUUCGGCUUCGUCUGUGACAACUCAGUUUGUUUCUGAUCUGGCCAACAAGCUUACGCCGACAUCUGUACCUGAGGAUCCGACCACAGAAUCAAGCAGUAGUUCCACACUGCAAGUUCCAAGCACGUCUACCGAGACAGGCCAAACAAUUUCUGAACCUUUGCCUCCUGCUGAUGACGAGGGCCUACGGACAUACACAAUUCCUCUGACUUUGAAGAAUCGAGACCGCUGGGAAGAUAAACAUUCGCCUGUCUUGCAUGUCAAGGCGAAAUAUUUGCCUUACAGUGCCUUGCGACAGCAAUUCUGGCUCCUUAUGCUGAAGCAGUAUGACGCCGAUGACAGUGGCCGUAUCGAUAAAGUUGAGAUGACCACCAUGCUGGAUACCUUGGGCUCUACUCUGAAGGAAUCAACGAUCGACAGCUUUUUCGAGCGAUUCAGUGCCGAGAAUGAGCCCAACGAAACUGUCGAUCUGACCUUCGACCAGGCAGUGGUUUGCCUCGAAGACACAUUGCAAGCUCUACAGAAGAAAAAUUCUGUACCCGUUGUUACCCAGAGAUCCCCCAUGGGACCGUCAUCCGUCGGCAGUCAAGAAAGUGAGGAGCCAUCUAGCAGCGAUGAGCUCGCUUUAGAAUCCAACACCGCCAUUUCGUCCACCGCUAAUCCCUAUGGAACAGCUGUUCCGACAUUGAAUAGUGAGGAGCAGCCCAGCUCGAAUGAGGACGACCUCCAGCCCGAUGAUCUCGGAGAUGAGAGGGGUGAGGAACAUGUAGUCGAAAUCCGCGAAUGCCCGCUUUGCCACCAACCUCGUCUCUCAAAGCGAUCAGAUGCUGACAUUAUCACUCACAUUGCUACUUGCGCUAGCCGCGACUGGCGCCAAGUUGACAACUUGGUUAUGGGCGGAUUUGUCACAUCGAGCCAGGCACAGCGCAAAUGGUACUCGAAGGUCAUCACGAAGAUCUCAUACGGCGGUUAUAGACUUGGAGCGAAUUCGGCGAAUAUUCUGGUCCAGGAUCGAAUCACAGGUCAGAUCAACGAGGAACGCAUGAGUAUCUAUGUCCGUCUCGGAAUCCGACUACUUUACAAGGGUCUCAAGAGCAAGGACAUGGAAAAGAAGAGAAUUCGCCGUGUGCUGCGUUCUCUGAGUAUCAAACAGGGUCGAAAGUACGAUGACCCGGCAUCUGCCGCGCAGAUCCAGGACUUCAUCAACUUCCACCAGCUGGACAUGUCCGAGGUCCUGCUCCCUAUUGAGAAGUUCCGCAAUUUCAACGAGUUUUUCUACCGUGCCUUGAAGCCCGAUGCUCGCCCUUGCUCUGCUCCCGAUGAACCCAAGAUCGUCGUGUCUCCUGCCGACUGUCGCUCGGUGGUCUUCGAUCGGAUUGAUGAGGCUACCAGCAUCUGGGUUAAGGGCCGAGAAUUUUCGGUCGAGAGACUCCUUGGUGAUGCCUAUCCACAGGAUGCAGCCCGUUACCGCAAUGGUGCUGUAGGCGUAUUCCGCCUUGCGCCGCAAGACUACCACCGUUUCCACGUCCCCGUUGACGGAGUUAUGGAUGAGCCGAAGACCAUCGAAGGAGAGUAUUAUACUGUCAAUCCGAUGGCCAUCCGCUCGGCUCUUGACGUCUAUGGCGAGAAUGUGCGUAUUCUUGUACCUAUCGAUUCCGUGGCCCACGGUCGCGUGAUGGUCAUCUGUGUGGGAGCCAUGAUGGUCGGUAGCACUGUCAUUACGCGCAAAAAGGGUGAAAAGGUUGCUCGAGCAGAAGAGCUUGGAUACUUCAAGUUCGGUGGCUCUACCCUUCUUGUCUUGUUCGAGGAAGGCAUGGUCAACUUUGACAGUGACCUCGCGGACAAUUCCAAGGGCCCCUUGGAGACACUGAUUCGAGUUGGCAUGUCUGUCGGUCACAGCCCUGACGUUCCUCAGUUCGAACCAGACAUGCCGAAGAGAGCAGAAAACAUCACUGCAGAAGAAAUGCAAGAAGCCAGGCGGCGCAUUGAAGGUAGCUUGGCAACCCCAAGUGAGCCGGCCUCCAUGGCUGCUAGCAUUAAGUGA